GCAAAGUCGGGUGGCUGCCGUAAAACAGCUCUUGAUUUGGUGGGUCGGAAACCCCGUACGGUCUUUCUCGCUGCUGCCGCUCUGUCAGGAACAUGCCUGCGAAAGGACCUUUGCAAUCUGUUCAGGUUUUUGGGCGAAAGAAAACAGCAACCGCUGUUGCCCAUUGCAAAAGGGGAAAUGGCCUCAUCAAAGUGAAUGGCAGGCCUCUGGAACAGAUUGAGCCAAAGACCUUACAGUACAAGCUGUUGGAACCAGUUCUGCUGUUGGGCAAAGAAAGAUUUGCUGGUGUCGACAUCAGAGUUCGUGUGAAGGGUGGUGGUCACGUAGCUCAAAUCUAUGCUAUCCGUCAAUCCAUUUCCAAAGCAUUGGUGGCUUACUACCAGAAAUAUGUAGAUGAAGCAUCCAAGAAGGAGAUCAAGGACAUCCUCAUACAGUACGACAGGACUCUGCUGGUCGCUGAUCCUCGUCGUUGUGAGGCCAAGAAAUUCGGUGGACCUGGUGCCCGUGCACGUUACCAGAAAUCUUACCGUUAAAAUGUUUUAUUUUGAUUUGUGGCAAAUAAAUAUCUAACUGUCA